GAGACACGAUGGCUGAAUUCAGAUGGACUAAAACCUCUUUAUUUCUGAUUCUGGUGCUUCGGUUUACAGCGGCAGCAACAGGACCAUCUAUCAGCUCCUCCACUGUCAGAGUUGGAGAUGAAGUCACUUUGUCUUGUCAAAUAGACAGUCAGGUUUGUGACAGUACUCACUGGAUCUUCACUGAUUCAAGACGCACAGCAGCAGUACGUCUGGUUCGUAAUGGGAGGAUUGUUGAAGAAGCCAAAGUUAAAUCAGACAGACUGAGUGUUAAAGAGAAAUGUUCUCUGGUUAUAAAGAAGGUCACAGAGGAGGAUGCUGGUCAUUAUGGAUGUGCACAGUUCCAACAAGCUCCACACACUGCUGUUAUUCUCUCUGUUGUUACCAUGACUGAACAUCAGGACAGUGAUGAGGUGACGUUAAACUGCUCUGUGUCGACAUAUCAACGACGUGAACACAAAGUGAAGUGGCUGUUUCAGGGUCAAGAUGUGGAUAAAGAUAACCAACAGAUGAGGACAUCACAGUCUCCCUGCUCCUCCUCUGUGACAGUUCCUACUUCUCAUUUUAGUUACACAUCAAGGUAUCAGCUCUUCAGGUGUGAAGUGACUGAAGGAGACAAAGUGCAGCAGUUUCCCUUCAGCCCUCAGUCCUCAGGUGAGAAACCAGGUGGGGACACAAUAACAACAACAACUGAAAGCAGCAUUAAAUCAGGAACCAAUGAUGCUUCACCAAAACUACAAGAUGGGGAAAAAAUAACAACUAGAACCACAGAAUCAUUAACAACUGAAAGCAGCAUUAAACCAGGAACCAAUGAUUCUUCAUCAAAACUAGAAGAUAUGUUGGCGUACAUCAUUGUGGCUGUGGUUUUAGUAGCACUAAUCGUUGUGGCUGUCAUCAGUUGGAAGAAAACAAAAGGAAACACAACACGGAGGAACAACACUAUUGGGCUGACCUCAAACUCUGCAGCAACUCAGUCUGCUCCAGAAACCAGUCAGGACACGGCUGAUCCUGAAGGUGGUGUUUCCUACGCCUCCAUCAGCUACACCAAGAAGACCAACAGCAGAGCCCAGGUUCAGCGUAAAAAUGAUGAUGAUGCGGUGACUUACACAACCGUGAAAGCUUCCUCCGCUGAUCCCAGUGUCCUCUACGCUACCAUCAACUAAUCUGUCUAAUCUCUCAUCAGAUAUUUGCUAAUCUCUGUUAAUGUUCAUGAUCAUUUUCAGCAUAGAUUAUUGUAAACCGCUUCCUAUUCAGAAGGGCGUGUAGUAGGUUAACUAGUGUUGCAAUGUAGAAAGGGGAAGUAGCAGUUCAACAUGUAUAUAUGUGGUGCUUAAAAUGUAAAUGAGCAAAACAUAUGAUGCAUUUUGCUUGAUGAACUUGCUGUAAUGAACUUUAUUGUGCUCAGUGAUGGAUGUGCUAAUCUUAGGCUAUAGUUCAAGGUUAAUAAGAUUUUUUUCAUCUUAUAAUACAUAUAUUGCCUGUAAUUAUUUAAUUUGCAACAAUUUAUCAAGAGCAAGCAAGUUUACUGAUUUUCUCAUGUUCUAUAUUUUCAUUUUAUUUUUAGUUUCAUCUGUUAUUAUUUCAUAUGCAAUAAUUUGACCAUUUAGGCUAUGUCUCCUUUUAUCAAAAUAUUCAAAGCAUCCUGAAGGAGGAUGUGAAAUGACUCAUUAAACAACUGAAUAAGUGAAAACUGGAAAUUCAAAUGUAAAUGUAAUUCAAAUCAAUAUAAGGAAUAUAUAAUAUAAUAAUAUAAUAAGGAAGUUAAGUACGUAAGCGUGAAAGAGAAUGAAAAAGGAUGAAAGUCACUAUGAGGAAGUGACACCUUACUGAUCACAGAAAGUAGUAGGCUAUGUAGUAGCAUGACUUUCUCUCUAGAAAUGUACAGUGAGCUCUUUAUAAAAGAAUAAUGUAUG